GUUUGAUUUCAAAUGAAUAUCGAAUAAAUGUAUUAAAUAUCAAAUAACUCAAGAUCAUUAUCAAUUAAAUGAAGAAAUGGCACCAGAACGAUUAAUUGGCGUCUCAGACAGUGAAGACGAGGAACAAAAAAACAAUGCUCAAACAGCACCAGAUGAUGCGAUUCCUAUAUUCAGAGCUCGAGCAAUUCAGCCAACAUCAAAAUACGAAGGACUAGAUUAUGAUAUAUGCGAAAAUGAACUGUGGGAUAAAGAGCAAUUAACAAAGGAUCCACAUUUGAAAAUUAAAAAGGAUUUUGCAAGAUGGAUUGUAUCAUUAUUUAUUGGAAUAUUGACAGCAUUAGUUGGAUGUGCGAUAGCAAUAUCGAUAGAAGAAAUAAGCAAAAUCAAAUAUAGUUGGUUACAGCAAGCUGUACGGCUGAACAUUAAUCAUGGAGACUUAGUCAUGCCUUAUGUUUAUUACGUCAUUAUGAAUGCAUUGCCUGUGAUGAUUGGAAGUUUAUUAGUCACGUAUAUUGAGCCGGUUGCUACUGGUUCAGGAAUUCCACUCGUAAAAUGCUACUUGAAUGGCAUUAAAAUCCCUAAAGUUGUAAGGCUAAAGACAUUAGUGGUUAAAGCUAUUGGAGUCGUCACGUCUGUUUGUGGUGGAUUAGCUGGUGGAAAAGAAGGGCCAAUGGUUCAUUGUGGUGCUGUUAUAGCUGCUGGCAUUUCUCAGGGAAAAAGUUCGUCCUUCAAUAAAGAUUUUAAGAUGUUUCGAUAUUUCCGUGAUGAUCAUGAAAAGAGAGAUUUUGUAGUUUGUGGUGCAAGUGCUGGAGUCGCUGCCGCUUUUGGAGCUCCAAUUGGUGGCUUGUUAUUUGCAUUAGAAGAAGCUGCAAGCUUUUGGAAUCAAAGUCUUAUUUGGAGGACCUUAUUCUCAGCAAUUGUCAGUUCCUUCACACUUAAUUUGGUUCUAUCAGCUUAUCAUGGAUUAGAGAACUUUACAUAUCACGGAUUAUUCAAUUUGGGUGAAUUUGAGGCACUUCCAUUUGAAUAUUUUGAACUUCCAAUAUUCAUGUUGAUGGGAGUCUUCGGAGGCUUAUCUGGAGCUUUUUGGAUCAAAAUUAAUACAUCUUUAAAUAUAUUCCGUGACAAAUGCAUUAAGCAGAAGUGGAUUCGAGUAAUCGAAGCGAUUAUGGUCGCUGCUGUCAGUGCCUCAUUUGCAUGUUUAAUGAUGUAUCUAAUUAAUGACUGUCGACCUUUAGGGAAUGACCCAACGAUAAACCCAGUUCAAUUAUUCUGUGAGGAUAAUGAAUAUAAUGCAGCAGCAGCUCUGUGGUUUCAAACGCCUGAAUCUAGCGUACGAAGUUUAUUCCAUGAUCCUCCAGGAUCACAUAAAAUUACAACCUUAAUGGUAUUCGUUCCAAUAUACUUUUUCCUCUCAAAUAUCACGUAUGGCUUAAUGGUCAGUUUGGGCAUAUUUAUUCCGUGUUUAUUGGUCGGUGCAGCAUGGGGAAGAUUGGCAGCAUCAUUUUUAGCAUUGGGAUUUCCAGGUUCCACAUUCAUUAAUCCAGGCAAAUAUGCAUUAAUUGGAGCUGCUGCACAACUAGGAGGAACUGUACGUAUGAAUAUAUCUUUGGCAGUAAUCUUAGUUGAAACGACUGGAAACAUUUGGUUUGCACUUCCAAUAAUUUUGGCUUUGACGAGUGCUAAGUGGAUGGGAGAUUAUUUUAAUGAGGGAAUUUACGAUACUCAAAUUAAAGUAUCAAAAGUACCGUUCCUUCAUUGGCAUUCUCCGAAUAAAUUUCUGGUGACAAAAGCGAAUAAAAUUAUGAGCGAACAAGUUGUUUGCGUACGAAUGAAAGAAAGCGUCGAGUAUAUCGUAAACAUCUUGAAGAAUACAAGUUAUCAUGGCUUUCCGGUUGUUGAUCAAGUUGAUGACAUUAAUCGUAACAGCGGAAGACUAAGAGGAUUUAUAUUAAGAACUCAAUUAAUUGUGAUAUUGAAACGAUCGUUUUUUGAAGAAACAAAGAGAUUUUGGGAACAAAAGAUUUCCAUUGAAGCAUUCCGCGACGAAUAUCCACGAUUUCCAAGCAUUGAUGAUAUUAAAUUAAGUAAUGAUAAACUCGCUUAUAAAUAUACAAUAAAUAUGGAGAUAUUUAUGAAUCCGUCACCUUAUAAGGUACAUCAAGCGACGUCAGUUCCUAGAAUAUUCAUGCUCUUUCGUGCUCUUGGUCUUCGGCAUUUAGUCGUCGUGAACGAUGAUAAUCAUGUGACUGGAAUCAUCUCACGUAAGGAUUUCCUUAAGUAAGCGUAUUUAUUUUGUUUAUGUCAUUUGUUUACUGUUUUUCUCGGAGGAAUAAACUCUAAUUUUAAAAACAUUCAAUAUUUACGGAAUGUCAUUUGCACUGUCAAUAGUUUGCUGUGCCUGAAAACUGAAUAGCUGAAAAAGUUUGUAUAAACUGAA